GGACGAGUGAGUGUGUGAGAGACAUCAGGAGGCCCUGAAUCUCUUCUGUGAAGUGGACCAAACCCCCAUCUGUGUGGUGUGCGAUAGAGCCAAGGCUCUGAGCCAGGAUCUCACAGAGGAGUCUGCCCAGGAGGACAAGGAACAAUUCCAGACCCGACUGCAGGCUCUGAAGGAAGAGAGAGAAAAGCUCCUGGGAUUGAAACACCAGAGAAAGGAGAAGCUCAGAGUACCUGCGUGGAGAGCUCGCCCGCCCAGCUGAGCAUGCGGGGUCCACGCGCCAAACGCUCUCCUGCCUGGAGUAGGCAGGAGAUGUUGGAUCUCCUUGGCCUGUGGGGAGAGGAGGCUGUGCAGGCACAGCUCCAGUCCAGCCGUAGAAAUGCAGAGGUCUAUGAGAAGAUCUCUCAGGGCAUGGUGGAGAAGGGCUACCAGAGGGACCUGCUGCAGUGUCGCGUGAAAGCAAAGGAGCUGCGGCUCGCGUACCAGAAGGCAAAGGAGACGAACGGUCGCUCUGGUGCAGCACUGCAGACGUGCCCGUUUUACAAAGAGCUGCAUGCUAUCCUCUGCAAUGACCCCACCCCCAAGAAGGAGUCCUCGGAGGAGUCGGAGUCCCAGGGCAGUGGUGAGUUGGAGCUGCUGGAUGAGGAAGAGGAGGAGACGAAUGGGAGACAGGCGAGCGGGGGAUCCGUUGUCCCCGGGAGACAGGAGCUGUUUGUAACCCCGGAGCAGUCCAGCCAGUUGCAGCACUGCAGCAUGGCUGACCGUGAUGCUGGGGAGGGUACCUCUGCCAGGAGCGCGGCCUGGGGCUCUCCCUCCACGCCGUCGGCGGGGCUCUUCCAGAUAAGACGAAGGCCAAAGAGAACACGUGAUGACGUGCCGCAUGAGACAAUGAACGCCUCUGGGAGGGCGCACACCGAGCCGAGGACCGCUGUCUCGGAAACAAUGGACGUUAUGAGCAGGGCGCAAGCCAAGGAGACUGAGCGUCGCAUGCAGCAGGAGGUGCUGGGGAUUCUGAAGGAACAAACAGACAUUUUGAGGCGUCUGCUUGACCUUCAGGAGCGAUACUUUAAGUCUCAACUCCCUCUGCGGCCCCUCCAGAACAACACUCUAACAUCGCCCUACUUCCCCUCCCCUCCUCGCACACAUUCCACUUGGCGGAGGGACCUGAUGCAGUAUCCCUUCUGCUCAGUCCCCGGGGAGGGUGCGUGGAAUCCCAGCCGCCCGUUCACUGACGUGUGACAGGCCAGGCCCAUGCGCUUUUAAACAGAAGGUGAAUGUGCAUUCCCCCUCCCAGUUGUAUAUUCCCCUGGGGUUUCCAGGUUUUACCUCCGUGGCACGUAUUUCUGUUUCUGUGUGAAAUAAAAGUCCAUUUCUUGAAAACGAAA